AUGUACUCUAAGGGCGACGGUGAGACUCGGAGCUCCUCGCCUUACAGGAUCAGCGCCUAUCAUGCUCGUUCGGACACCAUGACGUCCCAGGGGCAUCUUCAGACAGCCAGCGAAAACAGGAACACAAGUUUUGACUCAGGAUGUGGACCUGCAGAAGACACGCGCUUCAUCCGGGAUCUACUUUGCGAGUCUAGGCAAGUGAGAGAAGAAAACAUGAACUGUGCUUCCGAGAGUGAUUUUGAUGACUGUGUUUUGGAAGCUCAUAUUGUGCAUCGGAAACAAGUAAGCCAUGUUGAAGAUUUUGAUCGAGAUGGGAGCACUGUAACUACAUCAAGAAUAUUUUUGGAAAUGGAUAAAAAAACGGAGGACGUUACAGACUUAAAUGAUGUAAAGAUAGAAUUAAAGGAAAAAGUUACUGCUAAAUUCCGGAUAGCAACGCCGGAAGAGUUAGAUAAAAAUAUGGAAAUCUGUGGUAAGAAAAAUAAGAAUAAUAAUAUUACGUGUGAUAAUUUAGAUACAGACCGAAACUUUACGAAAAUUCUGUGUGGAAUGACGGAAAACAAGAAUCAAACGGAAGAAAACAGGAUGCAAACAGAAGAAAACGGGAAUCAAACAGAAGAAAUCAGGGAUCAAACAGAGGAAAUCAAGAAUCAAACAGAACAAAUCAGGAAUCAAACAGAACAAAUCGGGAAUCAAACAGAAGAUUUCAGGAAUCAAACAGAAGAAAACAGGUAUCAAGAAGAGGACAGGAAUCAGGCAAAAGGAGACACGGAUUCCCGAUAUAUCCUCAGCACGGAAUCGCACCCUGUCUGUGACCUAAGUACUGGCCAAGGUACCGAAGAUUCAGAGACAAACAGCCCUGUCACGCUGAGGAACAAGAGAAGAGCCGGAAACAGCAUUGACUCCUUCACAGCAACGCCCUCUGAUUUGCUGAAGCGGAGGAGCGCCGAGAUCGUUCAGCUGAGACGCAAACUAGAGGCCAAGAUGAAGAGGAAGAGUCUCCAAAACUACUGCCUGAGCGAUGACGAAGACGCUGGCCUCCUGAGCAAAGACAGCGUGGACCCUCGAACUUUGAGGCGACCGCUGAGUGCCUUUGGAAACCUGUGUAGAGACAGCGGGAACGAGGCUGUCAUCUCAACUCACUCGAGCUGUAGCAACAGUAACUACCCGAGUUAUUGUUCGACGCCAAUUCACCGACAACAAUACAGGGACAAGAAACCGCCAACGCAUGCUAUUGACCCUAAGAAGUUGAGAUAUCUCUUAGGUGAUCCACAUUAUUCAACUACCGGUCAUAGGUGCAAGUGCACUUGUUGUAAUCAUAGGUGUAAAAGUAUACAUUGUGAACCCUGUAGUUGUGAUUAUAGACAUUCAAACCAGUGUAGUGAUCAUACUUGCCGUAGCCCGUGUCGUAACAAUCGGUGCAGUGAGGCAAUUACUAAUAUAUAUUCAGAUAAUCAUUGUUGUCGCCACACGUGUGGUUCAUAUAAUAGUCAUUCAUGUUCCCAUUCACCUAAUCAUCGAAAUUCGAAUCUGUGCAGUGGUCACAGGCCAUAUAAUUCCUUUGGACAUCAUAACUGUGCAGACACAUGUAAUGAUCACGGAAUCUGCGAAUUAAACUGCCACACAAUACCUUACAAUACAUGUGACAGUCAAUGCAUCAGUGCCAUACGACGCAGUGAGUCAUGCAACUCGAACUGUGGUCACACAUGCCACGCAUCAGGGACUUGCACACCAACGCCAUCAGAAUCAUGCAACUGUAGUGCCGUCUCCAGUCCAUGCAGGUCAUCGACUUAUGCCAAUCUGCAACACACUUGUAGAAGUCCCAGUCCUUACCAGGAUGCAGAUGGAUUCGAGUCCCAGUACCACACUCCCGUUGGGUCGCCGCGUCCAGUCAAAUCUAUACGACCCGCCCAAGUUACUGAGAACAAGGACGGGCGGAUCAACUACUAUCCUAAUUGUGAUCCAACGAUUUGGCUCCGAUCGUGCGAGAAGGAGAUCCUCCAGCCUAUCAGUGGAACCAAAUCAGGUGUUAUCCCCACGUGGCUCAAAGGUUCAUUGAUCAGGAAUGGCCCAGGCAGGAUCAAGGUCGGGGAACAGCAGUACAACCACGUGUUCGACGGCUCGGCUUUGCUUCACAGAUUCCACUUCCACAAGGGCGAAAUUACCUACCAGAACAAAUUCCUCGAGAGCCGGAGUUACCUGAGAGAUACGAAAGCCCAGAGGAUUGUGGUCAACUACUUCGGCACAAGAGCUCAUCCCGAUCCGUGCAAGACUAUCCUUCAGAACGUGGCGAGUAAAUUCAGCUUCGAGGAACACUUCACAGACAACGCCCAGAUCAGCCUCUACCCAUACGGCGAUGGUCUCUACGCCCUCACCGAGACGCCUUUCAUCUUCCGCGUGGAUCCUGAGACUCUUAACACCCACGAGAAGGUCAACCUAACGCACCACAUCGCAGUCCUGACCCAUACGGCGCAUCCUCACGUGGACAGGGACGGCACCGUGUACAAUAUCGGUCAAGGUGUAGGGCCUCUGGGACCAAAAUAUCACGUGUGCAAAUUUCCGAAACCAAAGGCCGACCGCAAAGGGAAGGUUAAGAGCCCCUUUGAACAAGCGCAUAUCGUAGGGUCUGUGAACGCGAGGUGGAGGCUGAACCCGUGUUACAUGCACUCUUUCGCCAUGACCCCUAAUUACUGGGUGAUUAUUGAGCAGCCGAUGGUCGUGUCCGUGUCCAAGAUUAUCAAGGUCAUACUCAAGCAGGACGCCCUUAUUGAUGCCCUGCAGUGGUGGGAAAAGGAGACGAAGAUCCACGUUCUGCGUCGAGACACGGGCGAAGUGACGACGACCCAAUACGUCACGGAAACGUUUUUCUUCCUACAUACUAUCAACGCUUACGAAGACCGCGGCCACAUCGUCCUCGAUAUCGCUGCUUACAAAAAUGCCGAUAUGCUCAACUGUAUGUUCGUUGAGGCUCUGAAGAACGCCGCCUACGACCCAACAUACGCCCAGAUGUUCCGCGGGCGUCCCAAGCGAUGGGUAUUGCCCCUGAACCCUGACAAGGAUGCCAAACCUGGUGCCAACCUCGUCACGCUGCCCAACACCAACUGCCGAGGACGGUGGGCGAAGAAGAACGUUGUUUACAUCACACCUGAGCUGCUGUCUGACAUCGGUUGCGAGGUGCCGAGAAUAUACUAUGAGGAGUACAACGGACGUCCUUAUCGGUAUUUCUACUCGAUCUGUAGCGACGUGGAUCACCCCAGCCCCGGCACACUGGUGAAAGUGGACGUGGUUAACAAGACGCAUGUGGAGUGGAGUGAAGACAACGUGUAUCCAUCUGAGCCGAUUUUUGUCCCACAUCCUGACGCAAAGCGCGAGGAUGACGGAGUUGUCUUAGCAGCUUUAUUAAGAGCCAAGGGACUGGACGACCAAGUGUGUCUGUUGGUCCUAGACGCCACUACCUUCACGGAGCUCGGGCGAGUGGAAUUCGUGGCGUCGGGCCCUGUGCCUAAGUGCCUUCACGGGUGGUUCGUGCAGGACGGUACCCUCGGAGUCCAUAAGGAUGCGAAUGGCUCUCAUGAUGAUGACGCAGACUCUCGGAAAUAGGAUACCGGCAAAGGAAGGACUGUUAUAAGAAGUCAUGACGUUAGAAAGACAGCGUUUGCGUCAUGAUAAGGGCGCGGGGAAAAUGACAGAAGUAGCCACGGGCACGAAGAUGCAAAGCGGAAGGUUUGUGAAUGUAGAUUUCCUCGCAAUGUUCAAGUGGAAUUGUCACGUGUCCUUAAAUAAUGUAUAACACAUUCCACUUCUGAAUGUCUUUUGUAACUUUGUGUAUACAC